AUGGACACAUUGCGCGGCUUUUUUUCGUGCUUGACGCCUUGUUUUGACUGCGUGGAAGGCUCCAGCUUUGAUCAAAUCUCGCCCAGAUUCAACGCCAUUUACCAACCGACAGUUCGCUUGGAUGUCGGCAGAAUGGGUUGGGUUUUGUUGGUUAACCUUUGCUGAAUAUAUGGUGUUGUUUCCAGGAAAAAACGUUGUGAUUCUCAAAGAAGGCGAGCGAAUCUGUGGAAUCGGAGGUGCCAUCGCUACUGUCCCGAUUGUGCAGAACAAGGCUUAUUUCCAAGUGACCAUUCAGCAAACUGGUUAGUCUUUUUUCUUCGGAGAGAUGGAAAAAGCCAUGCAUACGCGAAAGCAGUUGCCCCGUGGUUCUUAUAGGAAACGACGCGAAGCGAUAAUUAUUCAAUGAGGCCCGAUUAAGCAGAUGGUCUCUCAUUAUGAAAUGGAUAUUGUCGCCUAAGAGAAGAGAAUAUGUUAUGCAUUAGUAAAAUUGAAACCGCAAAUGCCGGGACCAAAGCAGAAAAUACAUCUAUGAUUGAAAUUUUGAAAAAAUCCGAUUGUAAUCACAAAUUGUGCAUUCUUGCAUUGAAUGCUCUAAUUUCCCCGCGCAUUGGACGCUACAUGACGGAUUAGUGGAAACUUCAGAUAGAAAUGAGUGGCAGCGACUUGUUCUUCACAUUUUCUGCUCGUUAGGAAGCCUAUGAAAACUUAUCACAAGAAAUAUGUGAGCGACAGGUGGAAAUUGGAAGGAAUCACGAAUUUGCCGGUGCUUUUUUAGAGCAUUUGCGUCCCAAACGUCUCAGGACAAUGUAGAACAUACUUGGACACAAUUACAAUAACUAAUUUCACCAAUUCUUUGCAAACUAUCACAAAAUCCAACUUUUCAGGCACAUGGGGCAUCGGUCUCGGUCACAAGCAGUCUCCAUUCGACAAGGUGCCGUGCACCGAAAAGUUCUGGGGAAUUCGCGACAACGGAGAUAUUGCGAAAGAGGACCAAGUGAUUGCAAAAUUGGCAAAAACCGUGGAAGAAGGUGAUAUUGUGGUGAGGAAAAAAGUGAUUGCGUACCGACCGAGCAAAAAAUGACUUCAGGGAGUCACCUAUGAUCAUGUCGAGCUCAAGUUCUACGUGAAUGGCAAGGAGGUGGAGGAUGUGAUAACUGGAGUGAAAGGGCCGGUGAGUUGGGGGGAAAAUUGAAUGGGAUUAACCAGAUUAGGGGAAAAAAAAGAUUAAUUUUCCAGGUGUAUCCAAUGGUUUACGUGGACGACUCGGCAAUUCUGGAUCUCAAAUUCAAAAACUUCACGGAGCCGCCACCGCCCGGUUUUGGCGAAAUUUUGGUCGAACAGACCAUUUUAUAA